AAAGUCUCAACUUUCGCUCUAUCAUCAUCAUCAGAUUUCGUAGAUGGAGAUUGUAUCAGGUCCGAUAAGUUCGUGUUCGAAAGAACAUCAGAAAAUCUAUCGACAAUGGUUUAACUUCGUCGAUGCAGAUGGAGAUGGCCGUAUUACCGGAAAUGACGCCACAAAGUUCUUCGCAAUGUCGAAUUUGUCUAGAUCAGAACUCAAGCAGGUCUGGGCAGUUGCAGAUUCCAAACGACAAGGGUUUCUAGGUUUUAGGGAGUUCAUUACUGCAAUGCAGUUGCUAUCUUUGGCACAAGCAGGACAUGAACUAACCCCAGAUAUCCUUAAAACAAAGGAUAACAUGGAGCCUUUGGAACCUCCAUUGAUGGAAGGAUUGGAUGUUGUCCUAUCUAAGAGUAAGGCUGCAGGUAUAAAUGGCAAGUCCGAAGCAAAUGGAUUUACUCAACCACAACCAUUGCCAUCAGUUAAUCAGUUUAUCUCGAAAACUACCAAGAAGGCCCAGACUUCUAUCCAUGCGGUAACUUCAGUGAUUGAUGGCUUGAAGAGGUUGUACAUGGAAAAGCUAAAGCCAUUGGAAGUUACUUACCGUUUUAAUGAUUUUGUAUCUCCUUCAUUGGUAAAUAGUGAUUUUGAUGCCAAACCCAUGGUGAUGCUUUUGGGUCAGUACUCAACUGGAAAAACAACAUUCAUAAACCAUUUGCUCAAAUGCAAUUACCCAGGAUCUCACAUCGGACCGGAGCCAACCACUGACCGAUUUAUUGUUGUUAUGUCUGGACCUGAUGAACGGAGUAUACCUGGGAACACUAUUGCCGUUCAUGCCGACAUGCCUUUUAGUGGUUUGACAACUUUUGGAGGAGCAUUUUUAUCGAAAUUUGAAUGUUCCCAAAUGCCGCAUCCUUUGCUAGAACAUAUCACAUUUGUGGACACUCCUGGAGUUCUAUCCGGGGAGAAGCAACGAACACAAAGAAGUUAUGAUUUUACUGGUGUUAUAUCAUGGUUUGCUGCAAAAUGUGAUCUCAUUCUCCUUCUAUUUGAUCCCCAUAAACUUGAUAUAAGUGACGAAUUCAAGCGUGUAAUUUCAUCCUUACGCGGUCAUGAUGACAAGAUACGUGUAGUCUUAAACAAAGCAGACCAAGUUGACACCCAACAAUUGAUGAGAGUUUAUGGUGCAUUAAUGUGGUCACUGGGAAAAGUUUUAAACACGCCAGAGGUUGUGCGCGUUUACAUUGGCUCGUUCAAUGACAAGGUUGACAAUAAAGCAGUUGUUGGUCCCAUGGGAAAGGAUCUUUUUGAGAAAGAACAAGAUGACCUCCUCAUAGACUUGAUAGACAUUCCAAAGAAGGCUUGUGAUCGUCGAAUUAAUGAAUUUGUCAAACGUGCUAGAGCUGCUAAGAUCCAUGCCUACAUAAUAAGCCAUCUUAAAAAAGAGAUGCCUGCAUUGAUGGGCAAAGCCAAAACUCAACAAAAGCUGAUUGAUAAUCUUGAAAAUAUAUUUGCGAAGGUCCAAAGGGAGUUCCAUCUACCAGCAGGUGAUUUUCCAAGUGUGGAGAACUUCAGGGAAGUUCUGAAUAGUUACAACAUUGACGAAUUUGAGAAAUUGAAGCCUAAAAUGAUUAAAGCAGUAGAUGACAUGCUUGGUUACGAAAUCCCAGAGCUUUUGAAGAAUUUUAGAAAUCCUUAUGAUUAAGAUGUUCAACAUGGUUCCCUAGAAGCCUAUCAUAUGAUGAUACAUACUUUCACAGUAGGCUUGUGUUGAUUCAAUGUCCAACUUUAUAUGCUUUUGUGAUUCAAUAUUGUUUGAACAA